GGAGCUUCCGGAAUCGGCGUCCGUGCGGGAAGUGGAGCCUCGGUAUUCGGAGUCCGAGCGUGGUGACGCGCGUACGCGAGACUAAGUGAGGACGCAGGCGGGUCUUGAGUGCUGCUCCCUGCGUGCCUUCCUGGGUUCCCAAUCCUUCAACACAGUUCACCAUCUGUGCUCCUGAUAUCCAGUCAUGCAGCGGAGAUCAAGAGGGUUCAAUGCCGGGCUCCUUAUGCUACUUUCUCAAGUGUUCCAUGUUGGGAUCAACAAUAUUCCACCUGUUACCCUGGCAACCUUGGCUCUCAAUGUCUGGUUCUUCCUGAAUCCUUUGAAGCCCUUGUACUAUUCCUGCCUCAGUGUGGAAAAGUGUUACCAGCAAAAAGACUGGCAACGUUUACUGCUUUCUCCCGUGCACCAUACAAAUGACUGGCAUUUGUAUUUCAAUAUGGUGUCCAUGCUCUGGAAAGGAAUAAAGCUGGAGAGAAGACUGGGGAGCAGAUGGUUUGCCUACAUCAUCACCACAUUCUCCCUACUUACAGGGGUGGUGUAUUUGGUCUUGCAGUUCACUACUGCCGAAUUAAUGAAUCAGCCCGACUUCAGAAGAAACUGUGCUGUCGGUUUCUCAGGAGUUUUGUUUGCCUUGAAAGUUCUUAGCAAUCAUUACUGCCCAGGCGGCUUUGUCAACAUUUUGGGCUUUGCUGUUCCCAACAGAUUCGCUUGCUGGGCAGAGCUGGUGGCCAUUCACUUCUGCACCCCAGGGACUUCCUUCGCCGGGCAUCUGGCUGGCAUUCUUGUUGGACUGAUGUACACUCAGGGGCCUCUGAAGAAAAUCAUGGAGAUAUGUGCAGGCAUUUUUUCCUCCAGUGUUGGAUAUCCAGGACAGCAGUACUACUUUAAUAAUGCAGGCCCCUCUGGCUAUCAGAAUCACUACCCAGAUGGCAGACCAGGGGCCUAUGAAGACACUCAUAGGAACUAUGAUGUCUACACAGCAGGACUGAGCGAGGAGCAGCAGCUGGAAAGAGCAUUAAGAGCCAGCCUCUGGGACCGAGGAAAUACCAGAAAUGGCCCAACACCCUACGGGUUCCGACUCACGCCAGAAGAAGAAAUGAGGAGACAGCGCCUUCACAGAUUUGAUGGUCAAUGACGUGGCACCACGCCUGGGAAGACAUGGUCCAGCUGUGUGACUGUAGCCCGAUCACUUUACUCCCCAAGCCCCUAGCUGGUUUUAAACAAAAGCAGAACACCCCUCUCUCGUUGCAGAGCACUCGUGUCUGCCAUGAACUGUCGCUCCAUGGCCCCUGCGUGUCCAGGUUCACAUGCCCAGCUGACACAUCUGGAAACCAGGCUUGCCCCACGAAGUGCACAGCUUUCACUGAAUGUCCUGUCUGGCCCUGUUAACCCUGUGCUCUCUUCUAAACCAAAGGUCACCUCUUCUGUUGGGACCAAUUUCCACACUCCCCUCCUUCUCACUGACUCUGGGGCCCAUCCACAGUGGGGUUGGAGACUGUGUUUUUCCACUCUCUCUCUCUCUCUGUCCCUGGUCCUCUGGGAGCUCAGCUUGGCAAGAGGUGUGGGGCCACCCCUGGCCCUCCUGGCAUAUUCCCAUGAUGACGUGGCUGCCUUCCCAAGAUACUCCAUCCUCCUUCAUGCAGGCCCCUCGGGGUGCCAUGUCUGCCUGCUGUUCACAACGACCACUUUGCUCUGCAUGUAGAAUAUCUGACUGAAGGGGAAGAGGAAAGAUCUAAGGUAGAGAAGUCACUUGUUAGAGAUCACGUGGCACCAGCAGUCUGGGUUCACAGUCACCCGUCCAGGAGCGGGAGACUUGCUUAUCGACUCCAAGAAGCAGCGCAUACAGAGCAAAGCAGAGAUGCACAGUAGAUUUCUCACUGGGAAUCCCAUUUGCAGGAAGUAUUUUUUCUUCAUAAAAGUGCCUUUUCAUUGGCCACUGUGGCUGCUGUAUGUCAUAAACAAGUGUCCAAAAAAAAAAAAAGAAUGCCCCAGGGAACUGCAGUGUUUAAUGCAUAGGUUGUCCAAGUCACAAGCGUUUCUGUUCUGAGAAUAAAAGGACAAAGCCAGAAUAUGACUACUGAGUCACUGUCAUGGAGCAUUUAGUUCAGUGGCAGUUAGGAGCAGCCAGUGGUGCUCCUAGUUUAAGUCACCAUUCAUGUGUAGUUUCUGGUUAAAAAAAGGUGUAGACAGGCUUUCUUAUGCACAAUGCAAAUGUCUACAAAGUAUACUAACUGUUGAUACAGAUUUGCUUUGGAGGGGAGUGCAUGGAGCCUGAUUUCCUUUGCUUAUAGUUUCAUACUCUGUCUUUAAAAGUGUGUAUUGCUUUCAGAAGGCUGAUUUUAUAUAAUAAACCAAGAAACAUGUAACCAGUAAAA